AUAGCCUAACUUCCAACACCUCAGCAUUAAAAAGGAUCGGAGCGGAGAGAGAGAGGUGACAAAAAAUGCUUUAGCUCUCUCUCUCUCUAUCUCUAUAUCUUUCCCGCCGACCACCGCUUUAACUCCGACCGUCGGCGACACUCUCUUCCGUCAUGGCCCUUUUCGCGUGUUUCAGAUUCAAAGCGCGGCGGCGGAAGCGGGCCCUGGAAGGGCGGCGCGUGGAAGUCUCCUCUGAAGAGGACAAAGGGGCGAGGAUCUUCUCCGGGAAAGAAGUAGAGAGGGUCUCUGCUAAUUUCUCCCGGUCUCGUGUGAUUGGCUAUGGAGGUUCCAGCACUGUGUAUCUGGGUAAAUUUCCCGAUUCGUCCCUCGCCGCCGUCAAGACCAUAGACGCCGGCGGCAGUAACCGUUUGCAGGGGAUUUUCCGGCAAGAGCUGGAGAUCCUCCUGAGGGUCAAACACGACAACAUAGUCAAGAUUCUCGGGUACUCCGAGGAAGGGACGCUGGUCCUUGAGUACGUCUCCAACGGCACUCUCCGGGAGAAUCUCCAGGGGGCAAAAGGGUCAUUUCUCACCUGGAAAAACAGGGCGAAAAUCGCCUUCCAGAUCGCCGGAGCUCUGGAUUACCUCCACCGGCACGCCGACCCGGAGAUCAUCCACGGCGACGUGAAAUCCUCGAACAUCCUCCUGGAUUCCGCCCUGAACUGCAAGCUCUGCGAUUUCGGUUCCGCCAAAUUGGGCCUCUCCACCUCCGCCGCCGCCGCCGCACUCCCGCCGUCGUCCCGCCGGAUGAUCGGGUCUCCGGGCUACGCCGACCCCCACUACUUGAAAACCGGAAUCGCGUCGAAGAAGAACGACAUAUACAGCUUCGGAGUGGUAAUGCUGGAGCUAAUCACUGGUCUCGACGCCGUCUCGCCGGACGGCGGCGGCGGCGGCGGCGGGAGGCUGAUAAACAGAGUGGGUCAUAUGUUGAGAGAUGUUUCUAAGGUGGCGGAGAUGGUGGACCGGCGUUUGUUGGGGGAAUGUGAGCUCGGGGAAGCCAUGGCUAUGGCUUCUCUUGCUGCCCUGUGUCUCUGUGAGCCUCCCACUUUGAGGCCCUCUGCUUCCGACAUAAUGGAAAGCAUGAGAAAUUGGGUUGCUUCACUCUCCUCAAUAGAUAAAAAUUAAAUUGGUGUUUGUGGUAAAUAAAAAAAGGUGUUUAGAUCUUACAAAUUACUGUAUAAAUGUGUUUGUGGUAAAAAAAAAAAGAUGUUUAGACUUUAUAUUCCAUAUAAUGCUAAUUGUCUUUUUUAAAAAAUGGUUGAUCCCAAAAUCAACUAAAUUUGGGGAA